UGUUUUGGUCCCCAGCUGAACUAUAAGAUGUGGAAGACUGUUUGUUUACGUAAAUUUAUCAAUAAAAAAGUAUGUUCGGAAUAUUCCAGACUGUAUGGUGCUGCAGCUGAAGCAACUGGUAGCUCGCGUCAACGAGGGUGGCUCCUCGCCAGAGAGCGCUACCGGUCACAUGAGCACGUUUAUUACAGCUCUGUUUUGGAAAGCAGAUGGAAGCCUCCGCCGGCAAUUUUACCCCCAACUGAUCGUUUUCCGGAAGACUGGAUGGACGACUAUGAGUUCUAUGAAGGUGCCAAGGAAGGAUCCAACAAACAGGGUACGCCGGAUCCCUCGAUUCCUUCAUCUAAUGUUCCUUGCAACGGAUGUGGCGCGCACUUGCAUUGCUUAAAAGCUUCCCUCCCAGGCUACAUACCCAGUGAAAUUUUUCGAGGACGAUCUAGGACGGAGCUACGUACCAUUACUUGUCAGCGAUGCCAUUUUCUUCACAACUAUAAUAUUGCCUUGGACGUGGAGGUUACUCCGGCCUCGUAUGUGGAAACAAUAUCCCAGAUACAGGAUAAAUAUGCCCUUGCCAUCGUCAUUGUGGAUCUCCUCGACUUUCCCAGUUCUAUUUGGCCAGAUAUGCAAAACGUUUUAGGCACCAAACGUCCAAUAUUUCUAGUGGGAAACAAGGUGGAUCUGCUCCCACGGGACUCCAACAUAUACCUGCAGCACGUAAAAGAACGACUGCGGGAAGAGUUUGUACGUUACGGCGGUGGAAACGGGCUAAACAUUAAAAAUGUUAGCCUUAUUUCGGCCAAAACUGGCUACGGAAUCGAAGAGUUAAUCACGCAGCUACAAAAAACAUGGGCUUACAAGGGCGACGUCUAUCUUCUGGGCUGUACAAAUGUGGGAAAAAGCUCUCUCUUCAAUAUCUUGCUGAACUCUGACUAUUGUCGCCCAGAGGCAAGUGAGCUAGUGCGCCAGGCUACCACUUGCCCAUGGCCAGGCACAACACUCAAACUUCUUCGCUUUCCUAUACUAAGGCCAUCCAACGAUAGAAUCUACCAGCGAUUUAAGAGACUCGUGGCAGAGCGGAGUGAAAAGGCUGCCAUGGAAAAACAGCGGCGGGAAAUAGCUAUUGAAACAGGAAAUUAUCGUGCCGCCCAACCCUCAGGAGACGUUGGACGUACCUUUGAUAGUCGCAACGACGUCCACGAUGCAUUUUCCAUGGCCAGUGGCACGCGACCAAUAACCACAUUGAACGAGCGAGCAGCGGAGUACAAGGAGGCAAGGUGGGUGUACGACACGCCCGGUGUAAUGCAUCCAGACCAACUGACUCCACUUCUGACAGCUGAGGAGCUCGUUCAACUGCAGCCCACAAAGAUGAUCCGCCCCAGGGCGUUUCGUUUGCGGCCACAGAUGACCAUUUUUCUUGGUGGCCUGGCUCGAAUGGAUCUUUUGGAGUUAACGAGCUUUAAAAAGCAGUUUGACUGGAUAAAGGUGUUUGUUUUUGCAUCGGAGCAUCUUCCCGUGCUGAUUUCAGAUACCCAAGAAGCGGAUAAUAUUUACAAACGUUACUUGGGCACUCCCUACCUAGGUGUCCCCACGGCAGGUGAGGAUUUAGAAUCGCGAUUACAACGCUGGCCGGGAUUGCAGGCGAAAGAGAAUGAAAUCGUCGUGGAAAGUAAAGGUAGAAGUGAAGGAAAGCUAAAUUGUGAUAUAACGCUUAGCUCGGCGGGAUGGAUGGGACUGUUACUGCCCGGCCACUCGGAAUGUCGCCUUCGGGUGUGGACACCAAAGUCUGCUGGAAUUUACAAGCGAGAUCCGUCACUAAUACCUUUAGCGGAUCGUCUAGUGGGAAAACAUAUUCGAAACUCUUUAGCCUAUAAUACCGCUAAGCCUUUUGUAUUUAAAAAAUAAAAAAAUCAUUGUUAUUGUUUAAAAAAUUAA